AUGUCUGUGUCUCUUCCAAGCCAGGAUAAUUCGAAAUCUCAACGAUCAAAUGAAAAAUGUCCACCCCGUCAAAAUAAAGAAUUGUCUCUACAAUUGGAAAACAAAGGCCAUUUGAAUUUAAGAAUUAAUUUGGGAAAUUCACAAAUACAAUGUAACCUUGUGAUUGACGAAACUAUCAUAAAUGCUCCUGGGAGUAGUACUACUCAGAUGUCUCCUCCAACACCAGUGCCUGGCACGAGUAGUACUAGAUCACCAUUACGUCAUUUCGACAAGUCAAUGGAUACUUCGAACACCGGCACCGUGAUUUACAAUGCUGGACCAUGUAACCUGGUGAUAGAUGAGACAAUUGUAGAUGGUAGUACUCGGGUGUCGCCUCGAACACCAAGUACUUCAAUGGAUACUUCGAACACCGGCACAGGCAUCUAUAAUGCUGGACCGUGUAACCUUGUGAUUGACGAAACUAUCCCAAAUGCUCCUGUGAGUAGUACUAAUCAGAUGUCUCCUCCAACACCAGUGCCUGGCAGGAGUAGUACUAGAUCACCAUUACGUCAUUUCGACAAUUCCACGGAUUCUUCUACCACCGGCACCGUUAUUUACAAUUCUGGACCAUAUGCUGAAAAGCCAACGACAUCAGCAGCAGAUAACUUUAGGGCCAAUUUCGACGAAAAUCGAACAUGCGAAAUUUGCGGUAGAGUACUCAGCUCUAAAACGUCAUUACAAAGGCAUAAAAGAACGCAUACAAAUGAUAAGAUACCACUUGCGUGUCACCUUUGUGACGCGCAGUUUCCAACCUAUUAUGCUCUAGAUGUCCACAAACGUCGACAUGCUGGAAAUAUGCCAAAAUGCGAUGUUUGUCUUAAAGCGUUUAAUACAAAGUAUCAUUUAACAAGACACAUGAGAAGUCAUAAUAAAUAG